AUGACUCUUGUGGUGGUGGUUCUGAUGAUGACGCUCGCCGCGACCUGCGCUUCCUUCUGGCUUCCGCUAUCUGUUGCACCGUUGAUCACAGAGCCAUUCAACGCCUCGAAGCCUCCAAUGUUACUGCUGAUAACAGAGCUGCCACAGCUGCCGCUUCCACCUCCACUACCCACCUUGCUAUCACCACACACGGCCUCCAAUGAGCCCUUCAAGGCCCCCAAGCCCGUAAAGUCGGUUCCAAAGUUGCCCUCAAAGCCGCCAUCUCCACUGAUUGAGCUGUCACCGAUUCAGCUGCCACCGCAGCCACUUCCACCACCCCCACCACCCCUGUGA